AUGGCGUUGAUAGGUAAUAUUGAAGCUUUUACCGGUGUUCCAGAAGAAUUUGAAUCCUACAUAGAAAGAUUAGAACAUUUGUUCACUGUUAACAAGGUUUUGAAAAACUUAGUGGCCCCGAAAAAACCAACGGACUUUACGUUCCAAGAAGUGAAAGGGAAAUUAAUUAAACAUUUUUCUCCACCUGUGUCGGAAAUCUACGAACGUUUUAUUUUCAAUCGGUGUGAACAAAAAGCUGAUCAAUCUAUCUUUGAUUACAGUGUACAGUUAAGGAAGUUAGCAAAUUCUUGUAAUUUUGGACAGUGUCUAGGAGAGGCUCCAAGGGGUAGGUUUAUUUGUGGGAUUAAAGAUGAAGGAACACAAAAGAAGUUAUUGGAUGAGCUGGAUUUAACAUUUCAGAAUGCUUGUCAGUUAUCUUUGGCAUCAGAAGUAGCACAAGUUAAUUUGUUAUCCGAGGGAGGUAAUAUAAAUGCAUUAAACAAAGGCAAGCAUAGAAUUCCAAGGUUUAGAUCAACUCUCAGUGCAGAUCAAAGUUGUAAAAAUUGUGGGAGAAGUCAUUAUAGAGGUUAA